ACUAUACAACAAAUUCGAGUGGCAACCGAUCAACUUUUUCAAUCCUAAAAGCAACGGUAGCAUAGAUUUCGAGUACAUCCCUCUACUUCUCGUUCGCAGCGCGACUAACUGGUCGGUCGACUGCUGCGGGCCGUCGAUUCAGUUACAACGCGCACGCCGGCGGAUAAACAAGCAACUUUGUUACUGCUUGUCUUGUUCACAUAAUGACUGCUUGCAGUUCGUUGAUACUUCCACCCCCAAGGAAGCUUCCACUGCACUACUACCAUGAUCUUCGCUCGACAGCUUGCUUGAAGUAAGUCUACAUGUACCGGAUCUUAACUUAUCAUCAUCAUGACGAGCAACAACGUCAUCAACCACUUUGACAAAACCUUUCCGAUUCUCUCGCCGCCAGUAUCAGCGCGACCAAACAAACGCGUACAAUUGGAACGGAGCUCGAGCAGCAUACAAUUUCCAGCCUCGGCCAUGUCAUUAGUCCACAAAUCCAAAACCUCAUCGUCAUUACUUCUAAGUCGAUGUCUUCGUGGCGGAGAUCGACGCAGUUCGAUGCCAACUGAUCCGGAUGAUCAAUCGUCCACAUGGACACCCGAUGAAGAUCGUUGUAUGGAAUACGGAACACCGCCACCGAUCGAAGAGCCACAUUGUUACUCCAUGUGCUUGAGUGAAAGUUCAACUUCUGACGAGAACAGUUGUGCCGUACAGGUGACCAGAGAUUAUGUGAAGACUCUGUUGAUUGAACACACGAGAGCGUUAGGUUGUAGGAUGCACAUCUUGGAAGACUUGGAGAACGGCAAGAUUGAGCUCGGUUCUUUAGGAAACUAUUUAGAUUCGUGCAAACCUCAAGAGAUCAACGCGAUACUAUUGUACUCGAGUUUUCUUGGUUACGGAGAAUUUAUACCAGUAAUCCACAGUCGCGGAGCAGAUUUAUACCACGUGGAACUUGAACUCGGUAUGACGUCUCUUCAUUUAUGUGCCUUCAGCAACAGUCUCAUUGGAGUUCGGUACCUUCUUGAGCAGGGCGUCACCAUUAACUCUCGAAAACCACAUACACCUUUUCAUUUUGCGGCUUUCGGUAACGCGUCCGAUGUGGCACAAUAUUUUUUGAAACUCAACUGGAGUCAAGAGUCACCACUUGGCGAAGAGACAGUUCUUCAUGCAGCUUCGAGAAAUAGUGCAAUAGACGUAUUGCGAAUCAUCGCUCCGAAGAAUCUUGCAUUGAAUAGAAUCGACAGUGCUGGUUACGCAGCAAUACAUUACACAGCUGAAAGAGGUGAUUCUAAUUGUCUGAAAGUUCUUCUGGACGCAGGUUGUCUGGUGGACAUAGCCACGAGGAAAGGUGAGACGGCGUUGCAUCUAACAGCGGAAGCUGGUUGCGUCGAAAGUCUCGAGAUGUUACUAGCUAAAGGAGCUAAUCCAGCUUUGAAAAAUAGAAGAUGUCAAACGGCAUUACAUCUUGCAGCGAGAACACAUUCGCUCGAGUGCGUCGAAUCAUUACUACAACAUUCAGGCAGUGACCCGAAUGUGGAUGAUAAUGACGGCAGAACUGCGCUACACAUGGCACUUGGUAGGUCAUUGUUAGCCUACGACGUUACGGAAAUGCUGAUCAGCUGGAAGGCACAGGUAAACAAGGCUGACAAGUACGGUUACACGCCUCUUCACGUGGCUGCUCUUAACGAGUUGUCACAGUGCGUUGACAUACUGAUUCAACACGGUGCUGAUUUGAGCGCGAGAACCAAAGGCGGUACUAGUGCUCUGUCAAUCAUCCUCAGGAAAACACCAUCGUCGUUGAAUUGCUUUAAGCAUAGACUAGAUGCGUCUGUUAGUCUUCACCAGCAUGGAUCUGCCGCUGGAGAGGUUGAAUUAAGAUUAGACUUUCAUCCUUUAUUGCAACAUCAACAGCAAGGCGAGAUCGGUUAUCUGGGUACUUUUGUUAAAGAAGGUUACAAGGAAAUCUUGGAACAUCCAUUGUGUCAGUCAUUUCUGCAUCUCAAAUGGCAGAAGAUUCGGAAAUACUACGUUGGCAGAUUACUGUUCUAUCUACUAUACGUCUUGGUUCUCACUGCUUGGGUUAUCACGGCUCUUGCGCAUAAUUGUUACAACGAAUCUCAUGGUCAAUUAGACAAUUCAAGCAAACCUUUGUGUGCCAAUUCUACCGGCCUCAACGGCUUUCUUUAUAGACACCCGGUUGUAUUGGAAAUCGAGUGGUACGCUCUGGUUGUGCUUACAGUAUUAGAAGGUCUGAGAAAGCUAAUGGGUAUUUUAACAUAUUCGAGCUUGAGGCAAUUCUUCACUCAGGCAGAAAAUAUGGUCGAGUGGUGUGUGAUCGUCAGCGUAUUUGCUACCUCGUUUGUAUUCACCGGGAGAACCUAUACUUGGCAGAGUCACGUCGGUGCCUUCGCUGUUCUCUGCGGCUGGAGUAAUCUCAUGCUUAUGAUUGGUCAGUUGCCAAUGUUUGGUGCUUACGUUGCCAUGUUUACUAGCGUCCAAGCUCAGGUUUUCAAACUGCUGUUAGCCUACGCUUGCUUGUUGGUCGGUUUUACCGCGAGCUUCUGCGUCAUAUUUCCGAGAUCCAAGUCCUUCAGUAGUCCACACACAGGUCUCAUCAAAGUACUGGUAAUGAUGACUGGCGAGCUGGACUUUGAGGAAUUGUUCUUCCCUGGCGAAGAGGAAGGUGGCAGACCCGUCGACGUUGGUGGCACAUCUUGGAUACUAUUGCAAGUCUCGGCUCAACUGUCCUUUGUACUGUUUUUACUCUUCGUUACCAUCGUUUUGAUGAAUCUUCUGGUAGGUAUCGCUGUACACGAUAUCAAGGGUCUACAGAAAACAGCCGGUCUGGCUAAACUUGUACGCCAGACAAAACUCAUCUGUGAUUUGGAGGCUGCGUUAUUUCUUGGUCUUCUACCACAAUGCCUUAUGAAACUAUUACGUUGGACAGCUCUGGUACUUCCUUCACCACUGAAGGCUGUGUUGACUGUACGACCGUUAAAUCCGCGAGAAAAACGAUUACCACGCGAUGUUCUUACUUGCGCUUAUAAGGUUGCUCGCGAACGUAAGGGCCAUAAUUUUUCGUCUACUCUACAGAGUAAAAGGAGUAAUAGCACUAUCUACGAGUAUCAGAAGUUUGACUUCAAUUCGUCGUGUAGAAGAAGAAAUACGGCGAUGAUAGAUGAUGAAUCGACUUUGGAAGAAGCGGCGAGAUUGAAAGAAGAAGUAGCAGAGUUGAGGAAGAUUUGCGAGAAUAAUAAUUUGCUGAUACAAGAGCUAGUCAAGAAUUUUAUGGGCGGUAAGUGACUUUGAAGGAGAUUUUGUGAUAAUAAAGGGUAUUGCUGUUCGAAGAAAAAAAUAUUAAUAAAUACUCAGUCGAGAGUCUCACUUUUAUUGAGAUAAAAUAUUGCUUGCGCUAAGUAGCUGAGUAACAAACGCAUAUAUUUACUACUCCUGUUGUAACAUUUUUAGAUAUAGCGAUCCAUUGUACAGUGUAAAUAUCUAUCGAUCGUCAAUUAAAGAAUAUUCACCACAUUUUAAAUAUUUUUGUAAUCAUUGAUAAAAAUAUUAUUUUUUAUACGAUUGAUCUAAAUGUAGCUUUUAAUUUGUUUACUUCGUAAAGUUCAUUUUAUAAGAUUUGAAAUCUGCGUACACUGAUUUAAGUCUAAGCUUUUCAAAGUUUUUAUAAUAAUUAAAUCGCAUUGUAAUAUAACAUAGAAAACUCGAUUAAAUAUAGCGAUAUUUGUUGUUUUUUAUGGUAGCCAUUGCGAUCCAAUAAGCUUUAAUAAUUAAAACAUAGUAAAAUCAACCCAUUAGUUUUCAAUUUUAAGUUUUUUUUUUUUGUAGAGUUUUCAAAACAUUUUUAUGGUUUUUAUCAUUCCAUUAUAUAAUAAAAUGCAAUAAAAUUAAAGUGCAACGGUACACUGACAAAUCAAUUAGAUGAACAUUGUUUUGAUAGUAUGACUCAUAAAGUAACGUUGUUAAUUAGUGUAAUAACAAAGCAUAAAGCCAAAUAUGAAGUUUGAUGAUGUAUACACGUACUUUGAGAUUCUUUGUAUGAACUGUUCAAUUCUUUGGUCGUUUCAAAAAAUGUUUUUUGACAAAAUAUUGUUGAUAGAUAUGUUAAGAAAUGAAAUAUAUUUGUAUUAUUGUGGACAAUACGAAAAAAUCUGAUUAUUUGCAUUUAGUUAGCAUCCAUUUUUCAUGAA